UCCAUGGAUUCUUCAAAACUCUCUCUUCUUGCUUGCCUUGUAAUCCUUUUGAUUGCUAGAAUCAAAGCGUAUUGUUCAGACACGACUUAUGCACCAAACAGCACAUUCCAAACAAACGUUAAUCGCUUACUUUCUUCCCUUUCCUCCAACGCCAAUCAAAGUGAUGGAUUUUACAACACCACCGUGGGAGAAAACAGCGACGCCGUCCACGGCCUCUUCCAGUGCGAUGGCUAUACCACCGUCCCAGCCUGUCAAAAAUGUGUUUCCGACGGAAUCAAAACAAUCCUUCAGAGGUGCCCCAAUAAUACAGGAGCCGUCGAUUGGUUCGACAACUGCUGGUUACAUUACUCUGACGAGUAUUUCUUCUCCACGAUGCAAGAACAACCCCAGCAAAUUCUUGUUAACACCGGCAACGCAACAGACACAACAAGCUUUAUGAAGCUGUUGGGUGAAACCUUGACGGUGGUUGCGAAAGAGGCGUCGGAAGGGAGAAGCAAGAAAUUUGCAACCAAAGAAGUAUAGUCCUUUUCAAACUCUAUAUACUCUGGCGCAGUGCACGAAGGAUAUAUCUGAGAUUAAAUGUCGGAACUGUCUGGGAAACAGUAUUAGCAAUUUGCCUACUUGCUGUAAUGGAAAUGUUGGGGGAGUAAC